AUGAGGCCCGGCCGUGGCCGUGGCCGUGGCAUUGGCGCGCAGUGGUCAAAUGAGGAUCAAGCUUCGCAGAGGAAUCAGCCGCGGCAGCUGGGCGCUAGCGGCGGGGGUGUCGCGGCAAGCGGAAGGGGCAUUUACUCGGCGGUGAAAUUCGUGUACGAGUACGAAACUGUUCGCGGGGGCGGAUGUGACACGGGCGACCUUGACGAGGCGAGGGGUUCGGAGCAGAGGGAUGUGACGGGGAAGGGUGAUGCGGAUCACGAGGGUAAGGAGAAGAUUGGAGGAGCGGCAGAAAGACGAGCAGCGCAGGGAGCACGCGGCGGUGCGGAGUGGCAUGGGAGGAAGGGGCGCGACGUGUGGUUGAGGUUGGCCUGUGGAUCCGCGCGAACUCAAGGUCGGAGGGGCGGGAAAGGUGCGGCUGGUGGCGGUGGUGGUGGGGUGCAUGCAGGAGCAGGCGGCCACAGAGGCCUCGGGUACGGCUCCCACAGGGCGGAGGUAUCAAGUGGUGCUGGGGCGGCCGAGGGUGCAGCGAGGACGUUCAGGCCGGGCGGAGUGCUGCGAGGGGACGGCGAGGGUGGGGCGCAUGAGGAGAAAGGCGCGCUCGCAAGGGAUGGGGAAGAAGGAACGGACGGAAGGGAUACCAAGGAGAGGGGUGUGGAAGGGAAGGAGGAGGACGAGGUGAUGGCUGUGGAGGAGAAAGCGGAGGGCGGCAAAGGUGGAGGUGAUGGGACGACAGAGGUGGGGCUAUCGAGUGGCUCGCAGGUGGGAGGGGCCAGCAGAGCAGGAGGAGGCAGCAGCGGCGCAGAGAGGGAGGUGGUGGCGCUGCAGCAGCAUGUGCGCGUGGCGGGUGAGGAGGAGCGUGGGCGUGACACGAGUGAGUUGGGGGAGCCAGCUGUGCCUGGGACGGCAGUGGAAGCAGAGCAGGGCAGCGCGGUGGCGGUGCUGCCUGUGUUCUUCGACAGGGGAGGCUCCUCCACUGGGGCCCAUGCACCGGCUCAGCCCUGCUCGGAUGCUGCUGCUGCUGCUGCCGCUCCUGCUCCUGCUCUCGCUGAAGCUGGUGCCAUGGGUCUGUCUAAGCGAGCUACUGGGUCAGGUGCUCCAUCAGGUGCUGGGUCAGGUGGUGCUGUAGGAGCGUGUGAGCUGCUGCCAGUGGUGGAAGAGAGGGUGGGGCUUCUACCUGUUUUGGAUGACAGGCAAAAGCGCUUGCCUCUUUCCGUAGGAGCAGUGGAAGCAGCUGAAGUGACGUGUCCUGCGGACGUGGCAGUGCGAUUUGAGAGGCUCCACGUGGGCGUGGAGGCCAUAGGUGCAGACAGGGUGGGUGGGGAGGCGGAGGGAGGGGCGGAGGGUGAGGAGAAGGAGGGGCAAGACAGCAGAGGAGUGCAGCAAGGAAGAAGAGGCCAAGGCCAAGAGGCCCUAAACCCUAAACCAGGUCAGGGAGGUCUAGGGGGUCAAGGGAGCGAAGGACAGCAGUGGGGUCAGGGCGGUUGGCAGCGAGGCAGGGGAAGGGGGCGUGGGGACAGAGGAAGAGGCAGGGGUGGUGGGGGGCGGAGGGGCGGGGGAGACGAGCAACAGGUGGAGGUGGGGAGCGGGCAGUGGGCGUGGGGGCGGGGGCAGGGGGGAAUGCUUCUGGGGGGAGUGGAGGACGUGGGAUAUGUGACUGUUGGUGGUGUGACUGUAUCGACAGGUGGUGGUGUGGGUUGGCGUGGGGGGAAUGAAGGACGGGGGUAUGGGGGUGGGGGGAGGCAGGGGCGUGGAAGGGUUGGAGAUGCGGGGAGGGGUAGGGGGAGGGGGAGGGGUGGGGAAAGAGGUGGGAUGGGAAGAGAGGGAGAGAGUGAGGAGGAAGAUGAGAGUGGGGAAGAGAGUGAGGAGGGCAGCGAUAGUAGCAUCGAUGCUGACGUGGCACUGGACUUUAUGGAUAAUCUGGUGGAUGACAGCGAUGAUGCUGGCAUGGAGGAGGGCGAGGCGGAAGAUACGAAUGAGGAGGUGGUGGUGACGGAGGGAAGGGUGGCAGAGGGGGAAAAGGUGGAGGAGGAGGAACAAUUGGAGGAGGAGGCAGCAGAGGAAGAAGCGGGGGAGGAAGAGGCGGACAAGGAGGUAUUCGAUGAGGAGGACGAGGGCAAGGAGGGCGAGGAUGAGGAAGUGGAAGUGGGGGACGGGGAAGAAGCAGAUGCAGUGGCAGACGAGGGCGAGGGCGAGGGCGGGAGCGAGGGCGAGGGCGAAGGCGGAGUGUGCUACGAGGAGGAGCGGCACACUGGGCUGGGCUAUUGCGCUGGUGGCUCCGUGCCCUCUCCCGAGGAGUUCUGGAACCACCUCAAGCGCGUCAGGGGCUCGAAGCAGGGGGUGGAGGCGGGCGACAGAGGAGGAGCGAGGGCAGGUGGGGCAGCAGGGCAGGGUGAAACGAGGAAGGGCGGUGAUGCAGAAGGGAUGGAUGCUGGUGUAGAUAGGGUGAAGGAUGAAGGUGAGGGGGAGGGGGAUGCGGACAAGGGGGAGCAUGAGGACAAAGGAGAGGAUGAGGAAGAAAGUGAUGAUGAGGAGGAGGAGGAAGAGAGUGAGGAGGAGGGGGAGGAGGAAGAGAGCGAGGAUGAGGAGGAAGGGGAGAGCGAGGAGGGCAUGGAGGAGGAGUUGGGCGAGGAGUGGGAGAGGGAGCUUGAGGCGGCCUACCAGAGGGAGCUGGCUCGCCGCCAGACAGGCAAGGGCAAGGGCACUGCUGCUGCCUCUGCUGCUGCUGCUCCCCCCUGCCCCGCCUCUGCUGCUGUUGCUCCCCCCUGCCCCGCCUCUGCUGCCCCUGUUGCACGGGGGAAAGGCGAAGAGGUGGAGGAGGAAUUUCGAGAAUCUGCAGGGGGGCGAAAGCAGUGGAAGACGGGUAGCACUGAGAGUCCAAGUGGUUGGGCUGCUUGUUCUGAAACCCCACUCUUCUACCUGUAUACUCCCCGUUCUCUCCUUCAAUCCUUCUUCCUCUCCCUCCACCCUUCCUCCCCCUCUCCCCGCCUCCUUCACCUGGCAGCGGCGGGCAGCAAGAAGGGGCGCAGGAAGCAGGCGAUGCAGGUGAAGCGCAUGCAGCGAGCCAUGGGUUUCAACCCCGGCGCUGCGGAUGUGGACCUCAUGCACCUCAACCAGGGCAUGCAGCAGGUGGCGGUGGGCCGUAUGGACGCCUUUGCCUCGCCUCCACUGACACAGCACCAGUUUUCCAUGGUGCAAGGCAUGGCACGCUCAUACCGCCUGGCCACCACGGUGCAGCAGAGCGGCAAGAGAAAGAUGCUGCUCUUUCGCUCGGGGCGCCACACUGCAGUGCCACAGGGCGAUGACAUGGCUCGCCUGGAAGAGGUCUGCUGCUUUUGGGGGGAGACCUUUGUCGGGCAGUUUGUGGGGCAGACAUUCGUGCAGAUAGUCCAACAGUUUGUGUUGCAAUUUGUCGGGUUGUUUGUCGGGCAGUUUGUUGGGCAGUGCCGGGUUGCCAAUGUACCCACCCCUGUGCCCUCUGCGUCCCUCACAUGUUUCCACAACUUCUUCUGGAACCACAACUGCCAACUUUGCUCCUCCCUUUCUUCCCCCGCCUGCCAGAUUCUCGGGCGCUACAACCUUGCAAGAGCCGCUGCCGCUGAGUGUGGUGGUGUGAGCAGUGGGCAGGCGCAGCGGGGGGUGAGGAGGAAGGGUGGGGACUACAGAGAGCGGCGGCUGGCGCAGUACAUGGAAGACAUGGAUGUGGAGCAUGGCAUCGCUGCGAUGGAGGAGAUGAUGCUCAUGGUGGGUGAUGAUGAUGACAGUGAUGAGGACGAGGAUGAUGAUGCGGAGGAUGAAGAUGAUGAGAGUGGGGAGGAGGAUAGCGAAGAGAGUGAGGAGAGUGAUGGGAGCGAGGAGGAUGGGGAGAGUGAUGGGAGCGAGGAGGAUGGGGAGAGUGAUGGGAGCGAGGAGGAUGGGGAGAGUGAUGGGAGUGCUGAGAGUGAGGAGGGUGGGGAGAGUGAUGGAAGCAGUGAGGGCGAAGACGCGUUUCUGGAGUUGGAGGAGGAGGAGUGGCUUGUGCCGGGGGAAGCGGGUCGUGUGUCGCGCAAGCAGCGGAGGGCGCAGGCUCAGGCACGGCUGAUGCAGGCACUGGGGGAGCGCAUGCAGAGGGACAAGGCAGCACGGAAGAAGGCGUUGCGGGAGAAGGCACAGGAGGGGAGGGAGCGGGGUGGAAGGGAGAGAGCGGUUAGUGGAGAGGAGGAGACUUUGUGGAGGAGGAAGGGAGGAGGUUUGGUGCAAGUGGGGGGAGGUAAGGGGAGGCGGGGCGUGAGGGAGGGGCGGGUGGGUAGCGGGUCAGGGAGGCAGAGGUAUGCGUCGAACCCUGUGGUGUUUGUGUCGCGGGGCAUCAUGGCCACUGAUGUGCUUGUAACAGACGAGGGCGACCAGGAGGUGAAUGAGGUGAUUGUGACUGUACAGAAUGUGCAGCAGCCAGGCUCAGAAGCAGAGGAGGUUUCGGGGGUUCUGAUGAGUGAGGAAGGUGCAGAAACGGGUGUGGCUGCAUCCUCUGGUGCGAGCCCUACAGGCCGUGUGGCGGGUCUUACAACAAGGGCAGCGGAUGCUGCUGCUGCAGCCAGUGCAGGGGCCUCUGUUGUCCUGCAGGGACAGGUGGCUGGUGAGGCCAUUGGUCAGGAGGAGAGAAAGACUCUUCCGAGCAAAGCGGAUUUUGCAAGUUUUGAGGCGCACACGAGGGGGUUUGGGUCGCGCAUGAUGGCACAAAUGGGCUUCCGCAUUGGCUCUGGCCUUGGGAAGGACAAGCAGGGCAUUUCCGAGCCUGUGCAAGCUGAACUACGCCCCAAGGGUCUUGGACUUGGAGCGCGUAUAUAG